GAUCCUCACAUGGUCCUUCAAACCUGAUGAAUGAUGUUCCUGAGUGAUAAGAAGAAGACUAGAUAAAGGACAGGGUUGUAAAAGACCACCUCUAAACAUCUCUGAACCACAAAGACAGCUCUGUUCACUACUGAACCUAAAAGAAGCGCUGAUGGGACGCCACAGACAAACCGUCAUUGAGGGAGUUGGUGCUUUGGUUGUUUUUCACUGUCUAGUAACAGUAACUGCACUGGUCGACUCUGAUGAUGUUAUCACCCGAGAUGAGCAGAUCUAUAUUCUGAUUGGUGCCCAUGCCAGGUGUGAAAAGAACAUCCAGACACAAAUGGCUCUCGUUAAAGAUGAUGACUGCAUCCCAGAGUGGGAUGGGAUCAUCUGCUGGCCACGGAGCACAGCGGGUCAGCUGGUGUCAGUGUUGUGUCCUGCAUACAUCUAUGACUUCAACCACAGAGGUCGAGCCUAUCGCCAGUGUGACACAUCAGGAAACUGGGAGCAGGUUCCCAGUAUCAACCGCACAUGGGUCAACUACACAGAGUGCACCACAUACUUGACCUCGAACCACAGGAGCCAAGAGGAGAAGGUGUUCGAGAGACUUCACCUCAUGUACACUAUUGGAUAUUCCAUUUCCCUGGCGUCGCUGCUGGUGGCAGUUUCCAUUCUCUGCUGUUUUAAGCGUCUCCACUGCACUCGCAAUUACAUCCACAUUCACCUCUUCACCUCCUUUAUAUGUCGGGCUGUCAGCAUUUUUGUGAAGGACGCCGUUCUUUACUCCACAACUGACGACAGCAACAUGGAGUUUGAGUUCACAAUAGAGAAGCCCCAUAUGGCUGGAUGUAAAGUUGCCGUCACUUUCUUCUUGUACUUCCUGGCCACCAACCACUACUGGAUCCUGGUGGAGGGCUUGUACCUACACAGCCUCAUCUUCAUGGCCUUCCUCUCAGAAAGGAAUUACUUGUGGGUCCUCAUCAUCACUGGGUGGGGUGUUCCUGCUGUGUUUGUGUCCAUCUGGGUCAGUGCUCGUGCAUCACUUGCAGACACACAGUGCUGGGACAUCAGUGCUGGAAACCUAAAGUGGAUCUAUCAAGUUCCCAUUCUAGCAGCCAUUGUUGUGAAUUUCCUCCUCUUUCUCAACAUCGUACGUGUGCUGGCCUCUAAACUGUGGGAAACUAACACGGGCAAACUGGAUCCACGGCAGCAAUACCGGAAGCUGCUCAAGUCCACACUGGUCCUCAUGCCCUUGUUUGGAGUUCACUAUAUGGUGUUCAUGGCUCUCCCUUACACUGAAGUCAAUGGAUUGCUGUGGCAGGUGCAGAUGCAUUAUGAGAUGUUCUUCAACUCUUCCCAGGGUUUUUUUGUGGCAUUUAUCUACUGUUUCUGCAAUGGCGAGGUGCAGGCUGAAGUAAAAAAGGCAUGGUUAAGACGCAGUCUGGCGAAUGACCUCAAACAGAAAGCCAGGAUAACCAGCAGUGCUGGCGGCGGAAGCUGUUACUAUGGUGGCAUGAUGUCACACACCACCACCCACAGUGUUAACCUAUCUGCUGCCGGCUCCAGGCCUCUGCCCGUCACUGGCGGUGUCAUGGGCUCAGGUGGUGCUGCUAGUGGUGUUGAGACGGAGUUCAGACUGACUUACUCCACCUCGCUCCAUCCUCAUAACCAGCUUUCGGGUUGCGUACGUGGUGAUACCGACACCUCUGAUCCCAACCAAGAGUGCACAAUGCGGAGGCCGGGGGGGUUGGAGUCUCAGGUUUUUCCCAGGCAUAGUAGAACCAGCAAAGGAAGUGGUGACAUGAAAAAUCACGAGGAACUGCCUCCACAAACCACAGAAGCAGAUUCAGAGAGUUCCUUGUCUCUGAAAGAGAUGGAGACUAUUUUGUGAAUGUUUGGAUAAAUAGUCACACAAGCAUGACAGCAUAUGACUUAUAGAAGACAAAGGUGGACUGAAGAUCUAUCUAAACAGACAUUUCAGGGAGCAACAGAAAAAUAGAUUCUCUAACUUGACCUUCAGUCAAAUAAACUCUGAGGCAGUAUGUACACAUAGUCGUUCAGGAGAAUGACAGUGAGGCCAUAAUGAUCCUAAUACAUCAAAUAAGGAAUGUAAGACUUGUCAUAUGUACCAUGUGGAAUAUGACAUGUGAAGAUACGAUGCUGUAGAGAACUCAGAAUAGCCCACACCGACCUGGAUGUUUAAACACUGAGUCUUUUUUGUGAUGUGUCUUUUCUGUGUUGGAUUUUCCAGAUCAGAAUUGUCUGAAUGGAGCCAGUGAAACAUUUAACCUCAGUUCAAACUGUACUUAUAGCUGAGUUUGUGUUUCUGUCUUGUUGAAUUUGUUGUAGAAAUCUGACAUUUUGACAUCUGCCAGAUACACAUUACAGUCCUGUUGUUACAACCUGCUCAGCUAUCUCUGCAUAACUGAGUUAUUUUAAUUAUUAGUCAUGUCUAGAACACAUGUCUGAACCAGUUUAGAUUCUCUCUGCAUCUUGUCCAUUGUUGUCUGUACUAUUUAUCAGUCUGACAGGGACCUAAAGGCAGAAGCUUAGACCUUUUGCCCUUGGCAGACUAAACCUCAAACUCCUUUCUGCGUGUAACCUCUAGCCCCAACCGCUCUAUCAACACUGUCCAGUAUUUCACACAAUCGUCUCAGGCUUCAAGAUGUUUGUAGGCCUUGAGCAAGAGUGACAAACCUGGCUCUAGCACAAACACAGCAAAUACUACCCAUAAAACAGACAACAUUGUACCUGUAAAUACUUGAGGCAUUGAUUAUUGUUCUAUGUUUGUACUUGAUAUAUGUAUGAGUGUAAGAUAAUUCUAAAUA